AAGAGUACGAGACCAAUAUUGGGAAGACGUGGGAACGUGUGUAUCGGCCUAGAGGACUCUCAGAUACAGAUCUUCCUGUGUGACUGAAACUUUCUGGGGACGGUCUGAAUUGAAAAGUCAUCUGAAGAAAGGAAAGACCUUCGAAUGGGUAAAAAGGUAAAAAAGGAAGUUGAGCCUCCUCCAAAGGAUGUGUUUGAUCCUUUGUCAGUUGAAAGCAAAAAAGCUGCAACAGUGGUACUGAUGCUCAAUUCCCCUGAAGAGGAAGUGCUAUAUAAAGCAUGUGAAGCUCUGUAUAAAUUUGCAUUAAAAGGUGAAGAAAAUAAGCUGACACUUCUUGAACUUGGAGCAUUAGAACCUUUAUUUAAAUUAGUUAUACAUGAAGAUCCCACUGUUCGCAGAAAUGCUACCAUGGUAGUUGGAAUCAUGGCAUCCCAUAAUGAUGUGAAGAAAUCACUACGGCAGCUUGAUGUCACAAGUGCAUUUAUAGCUCGUCUGGCACCAGAAGAAGAGGUUGUCAUCCAUGAGUUCGCUAGCCUUUGUCUCGUACAUAUGUCAGUUGAUUAUAAUAGUAAAGUACAAAUAUUUGAGCAAGGUGGACUAGAGCCUCUUAUCCGACUGCUAGGAAGUCCUGAUCCUGAUGUUAAGAAGAAUUGUGUGGAAUGCAUCUAUAAUCUAGUGCAGGAUUUUCAGAGUCGUGCUGCAAUACGCGAAUUAAAUGUAAUUCCUCCUUUGUUGGAACUUCUGAAGUCUGACUACCCAGUUAUUCAGUUGUUAGCACUCAAAACUUUAGGUGUCAUUACCAUUGACAGAGAAACAAGAGUGAUGCUAAGAGAAAAUCAAGGAUUAGAUCAUCUUUUCAAGAUACUGGAAACUAAGGAAUUUAAUGACCUACAUGUAGAAGCUCUUGGAGUUGUGGCAAAUUGUCUUGAGGAUGUGGAUACUAUGCAACUGAUCCAGGAGACAGGGGGUCUCAGAAAGCUACUGGCCUUUACUGAAGUUUCCACUCUAACUGAUUUUCAGAAGAAUGCCGCAAAAGCUAUUGCUAAAGCAGCCGCUGAUCCUGAAAACAGAAAAAUCCUGAAUGAACAAGAAGUUGAAAAAUGUCUUGUCACUCUUUUGGGAACGGAUAAUGAAGGAACAAAAAUAGCUGCUUCUCAAGCCAUCUCUGCUAUGUGUGAGAAUUUAGCUAGUAAACAAACCAUUGGAGCUCUAGGAAUUCCCCAGCUCAUUCAGUUGCUAAGCAGCGAAAAUGAAGAGGUAAAAGAAGCUGCUGCUACAGCUCUGGUUAAUCUAACAACUGCCCAUCUUGCCAAUGUAAGUGCUGUUGCUGAAGCUGAAGCCAUCGAACCGCUAAUUAGUGUUCUGAGCUGCAAAAGAGAUGGCGCUGUGGCUAGUGCUGCCUCUGUUCUCACAAACUUAGCCAUGCAGGAGCCCCUACGUCUCACCAUCCAAAGUCAUGGUUUUAUGACUGCCAUUGUAGAACCACUGAAUUCCACUAACAGCAUUGUGCAGAGCAGAGCAGCUCUUGCUGUGGCUGCUAUGGGCUGUGAUGCUGAGGCCAGAACUGAGUUACGAAAUUCUGGUGGUCUUGAACCUCUUGUUAAGCUUCUGCAUUCUAAGAAUGAUGAAGUCCGAAGAAAUGCUUGUUGGGCUGUUAUGGUUUGUGCAAGUGAUGAGUUAACAGCAGCUGAAAUGACCAGGCUGGGUGCUUUAGAUAUUCUUGAUGAAAUUAACCUCUCUAUUGGUCGCAAAAAUAACUUCAGUGAAGCAGCAUUGGAAAAGAUCCUUGAUCACAAUCUUCCACAAAAAUACAGUCAAAUGGGGUUUUUAGCAUCUACUAACAUAAUUUUGGAUGGAUUCUAUGACUAUGGGCAGGUGAAACCUGGUGAAAAACUAUUGUCACUGGAGGAACUCUGUGUUCAGGAGCUUAAUGAUCAUCGUGCUAUAAUUUUAAUAAAUGCUAAACUAUCAGAACUUGAACAACAAGCAAUUUCCAUACCAGUUGAGGAAAAGCCACAAGAGACCACAGCCUCUCGAAUUGGGGUGUCUGCCAGCAAUAUCAGGAGAUCUAGCAGAAAUAAUUCAUUGGAUGAAAAACCAGACUCACCAGGACGGUCUUCUUCAAUCAGUAAAGGAACUUCUAGAGAGAAAGGAUCAAGGAAGGGAAAAGGGAAAAAAGAAGAAGAAAAACCAAAAGAUGAGGACUUGGAAGCAUCCAUACCUAAAAUAGUUGAAACCCCAGGAAAAGCUUUAUGGAUCCCCCCUUUUGACCCCAUCUUGUAUGAUUAUAUUAGUGAGAUUUCCAGAACAAUUCUGCCACUACCAACCAGCAAAGAGCAAGUUGUAACUCUUGCACAGUUUGUUGCAGAUAGGUUGGGUGGUCCCAUUGAAAGAGACAAUCUACAUGAAUUCAGCUGGGAGCUUCAUAUAAGUGAAAUUGAAUAUGAGCUUAAAUGCAAUGUGGUACCUAUUGGGAAGAUCAGCAAAGGGACCUUCUACCACAGAGCUUUGCUUUUCAAGGUUCUGGCAGACAGAAUUGCUAUUAAUUGCAGCCUAUACCGUGGUGAAUAUAAUAGAGGGUGGAAUGAGGUGAAAUUGGUUGAUGAUUCUCCUUUGGGAAUACCUGGACUUCUGCUUCCCCCUCAAAUAUAUAUUGUGGAUCUCAUGUAUCAGCCAGGCUAUCUCAUGAAAGAAGGAAGUCCAGAGGCAGAUCGUUAUCGACGGAUUUGAUUAUUUUUUCUUAACCUUCUCUGUGUAUGUAUUUAUUUACUUAUUAGCAUUUCAGUUUGUUUAUUAAAAUCCUACAUAUAGGGCUUAUUUUCAAAGUUGGGAGUCUAGAUGGGACUUUUAAAAUGUAUUCCUAGAGGUUGGGAGUUUAUUUGUAUUUUAAAUUUUUAAAAAGACAUGUUGAAUAAAUAAAUAAAUAAAAUUAUACCUGCAAACUA